UAGAAGAGGAAGAAAUUGAGUCGCCGGAAUCACGCUAACGUUAGUUAGGCUAACUUUUUGUAAACUGUAAAUGAUCAGUGAUCAUAUAACGUGUGUGUUUCUAAUAAACGGAUUCUGGUACAACCAGACAUUGGCUCUAUCGGCGGAUCUUUUUUCCUACUGUUUAUGAUCCAGAAUGCAAACAUAGGCGCCUGCAUCGAUUUAAUAAUCGUGAAUGACUACUCCACAGCACUGUAGGAGCUAUGGCGAAUGUGUCGGAACCUUGUGAGGAAGAUACCUAUUUUGUUCGUGAACUUGAGAAAAAUGAUGGUUCAGUUCUAAAAGUGAACCAGUGUCUAAAAGGGGAUGUAGGCCACGUGGUAUGGGAUGCUGCAAUUGUUUUAGGAAAAUAUCUGGAAACCGAGUCAUUUUUAAAUACAAGUUCAGGGGUUAGUUCUUGGACUUCAAAAAACGUCCUCGAGGUGGGAGCAGGCACCGGUAUUGUAGGUCUUGUUGCAGCUACAUUAGGAGCCCGUGUCAUUUUAACUGAUCUGGACGACCUACAGCAGCUUCUUGAGAAGAACAUCAAGGAAAACCAGGCGUUGAUUACAGGUUCUGCCACAGCCAAAGUAUUACGAUGGGGUGAAAACACAGCUGAUUUCCUUCCACCUCCAGAUGUUAUUCUGAUGGCCGACUGUAUCUACUAUGAACAGUCUGUUGAGCCUCUUGUGGAAACCCUUAAAGCCCUGGCUGGAGAGAAGACGUGUAUCAUUUGCUGUUAUGAGCAGCGAACUGAAGGAGUAAACCCUGAAAUAGAGAGGAGAUUCUUCGAGCUGCUGCUACAGUAUUUCCAGUCUGAGGAGAUUCCACCAGACAAACAGGAUCCAGAGUUCAACAGUCCUGAGAUUCGACUCCUCCAUUUACGCCUUAAAUGAAUGUAUGUAUGUAUGUAUGUAUGUAUGUAUGUAUGUGUUUCAGUAAGGGAGUGGUGUGCUUGUUUAGUAUGAUGUGGUCACCCAAACAUUACAGAUAUACAUGUGCACGCCAGUGACACCUCUAUACUGUACGUGAGGGAAAGUCUACUUCACAAUAUAUUAAAAGCAGCCUAUUGUUAUUUUUUGCACAUUGAUUAUAAACUUUCCUACCAUCGAAUGUUAUAACACCACCAUGAAAUAACAGGGCUCUUUAAAGCUUUGUGUAUGUAUUACAUUGACCACAUCAAAAUGUGAAUUUAUUUGUGUAGUUUGUUUUUAUUUUGGGUUUACUACAGGUUUGCUUCUGUGAAAUUGGCAAUUUAAUUUGAACAUUGAACUUAUUUAGCAUGUUCUUCACUUAGGGGCUUAUUCAACUGAAUAGGCCUUACAACAUCAGCAACAAAGCAGAACAAAACCUA